AUGGUCGACGACAAGUACAUAGGCCUUGCUCUGGCCGUUUCAGGCUCUGUGGCAAUUGGUACCAGUUUCAUCAUCACUAAAAAGGGUCUCAACGACGCAGCAGUAAACGCUACUUAUGGCUCCCAAGCAUCGGACAAUCUCUCAUAUCUUCGAAACCCAAUAUGGUGGGCAGGAAUGUCGACCUUCGCCAACUUCGCUGCUUACACCUUUGCCCCUCCAAUCCUCGUCACCCCUCUCGGCGCACUGAGCGUCAUUAUUGGCGCCAUUCUUGCUUCAUUCCUUCUCGGUGAAGAACUAGGACACCUGGGCCGACUCGGUUGUACAUUAUGCCUCAUAGGCUCCCUCAUCAUCGUCCUUCACGCUCCAGAAGACAAACCGGUAGAAACAGUAGACGAAAUUUUACAUUAUGCGAUACAGCCAGGUUUUCUCAUGUACUGCUUCUCCGUCCUGGUGUUUACCCUAGUCAUGAUCUACAUUAUCGCUCCAAGAUACGGCCGCCAAAACCCCAUUGUUUACAUUUCCAUCUGCUCCCUCGUAGGCUCUGUUUCCGUAAUGGCAAUUAAAGGCUUCGGCGUGGCCGUCAAGCUCACGUUUGGUGGGCACAACCAGUUCUCACAUCCCAGCACAUACGUCUUUGGGAUCUUCGUUGUGCUAUGUAUUCUCGUCCAAAUGAACUAUUUCAACAAAGCACUAGAUACCUUCUCGACCAACGUAGUCAACCCAAUGUACUACGUCGGCUUCUCAACAUCAACCAUCGUCGCCUCCCUUAUCCUUUUCCAAGGAUUCAAUACCACCAACGCAACCAACACCGUCUCCCUCCUCUGCGGCUUCAUCGUCACCUUCUUUGGCGUGCACCUCCUCAACAUCUCACGGACCCCUGAACCACCACUAGACCACAACAGGCACUCGGCCCUCGAAGGCGGGCUGAUGAACCCGCGCAUGAGCCUCCAGGGCCGGAUGUCGCUUGAUGGGUGGAACGGCGGUGGAGCUGGGGAUGUGCCGGCGGGACGACAUGGGAGGCAGAGUUCGCUGUAUCGCUCACAAACGACGACGCUGUUCAACGCGUUUGAGGAGCAUGAUCAGCCUGUACGGUUGGGCUGCAGUUGUUGAGGGAGGAGGAUGAGACGGAUGAUGAUAUGGAUAUAGAUAUGGAUGAACGGACUCAUUUGAGGAAGAAGAAACGUCAGCAGCAGCAGAGGGGUGCUGGUGGUGUUAAUGGGAGUGCGAGGACGCCUUUGCCGAUACGGACGAGUGGGUCGCGGAGUCAUACGCCUGUUCCUGAUGCAUCGUUGAGCGAUGUGCGGAUAUCGCCUCGUCCAUAAAAAUGUACCAUAGACGGUAUGGCGGGGGUGGUGGUUCGGAGGGGGGUAUUAUUCUUGCUUCUUUUAUUAUUUGUGCUAUAUGAUACACAUACCCUGGACUUUUCGUGGUUAUAAU